AUGACGGCCAUGCACCCCGCCACGGCCUCCAACCCGUCCGCCUCGAACCCUUCGCUCCUCGCCAGCGACGACAUCGCAGCAGCACGCCGCUUCCUCCGCUACGUCGAUGCCAGCCCCACCCCCUUCCACGCCGCAGCCACCUCGGCCGCCAUGCUCGAGGCCGCCGGCUUUGUCCGCCUCACCGAGUCCCAGCUCUGGGACGGCGCCGUAAAGCGCGGCGGAAAGUACUUUUACACGCGCAACCAGUCCGCCCUCGUCGCCUUUGCCGUCGGCAAAAACUUCAAGCCGGGCAACGGCGUACACGUCGUCGGCGCCCACACCGACUCGCCAAACUUCCAGAUCAAGCCCGUGUCCAAGCGCGCAAAGGAGGGCUACCUCCAGUGCGGCGUAGAGACCUACGGCGGCGGCAUCUGGGCCAGCUGGUUCGACCGCGACCUCUCGCUCGCCGGCAGGGUCAUUGUCUCGGACUCGGCCCACCACGAGUCGUUCACCGCAAAGCUCGUCCACAUCAAGCGCCCCAUCCUCCGCAUCCCCACCCUCGCCAUCCACCUCGACCGCACCGUAAACGAGGCCUUCAAGUUCAGCGCAGAGGAUCACACCCUGCCCAUCCUCGGACUCGCCUCGGACGCGCUCAACAAAAAGGCUUCCUCGUCUGCCUCGGCCGCCGCCGCCGACGACGGCAGCGACAGCGUCGGCGCCCAGGCCGUCGGGACGCCCCUCAUGACGGAAAAGCACCACAGCGUGCUCCUCGACCUGCUGGCAUCCGAGCUCGGCGUCGCCGUCGACCAGAUCCAGGACUUUGAGCUGAGCCUCUACGACACCCAGCCCGCCUCAAUCGGCGGCAUCAACCACGAGUUUAUCCACUCGCCGCGCCUCGACAACCAGAUGUCGUGCUUCUGCGCCACCGAGGGCCUGAUUGACUCGCUCUCGUCGCCCUCGGCCCUCGACGACUCGGCCUCGAUCCGCGCCAUUGCCCUGUUUGACAACGAAGAGGUCGGCAGCGUCUCGACCCACGGCGCCGAGUCCAACAUGCUCAGCUCCCUCGUCCACCGACUCGUCUCGAUCCACAUCGACGGCGCCAGCAGCGACGCCAGCGACGCCGGCGCACCGCACCCGACGGCCGUCGACCGCUCGAUUGCCAAGUCGUUCCUCGUCUCGUCGGACAUGGCGCACGGCUUCCACCCAAACUACCCGUCCUACUACGAGGAAAACCACCGGCCCAAGCUCAACGGCGGGCCCGUCAUCAAGACCAACGUCAAGCAGCGCUACGCCACCACGGGCCCGACGGCCUUUCUCAUCCGCCGCAUCGCCAAGCUCGCAGACGUGCCCCUCCAGUCGUUUGUCGUCAAGAACAACAUGCCCUGCGGCUCCACCAUCGGGCCCAUGCUCAGCAAGCUCGGCAUCCGCACCGUCGACCUCGGCAACCCGCAGCUCAGCAUGCACUCGAUCCGCGAAACGUGCGGAUCCCGCGACGUCGAGCUCAAGAUCCGCCUCUUCCAGCACUUUUUCGAGAGCUUUGAAAAGGUCGACGCCCAGCUCACCACCGACUAG